CAAAAAUUAUUGGUACGAGUAUUUUUUACGUUUUUUUUUAUAGGAUCUAUCCAUCUUACGAUCUCGUCUGCAGACACAAAAACAAGAUCUUAAAUAGGAUCCCAAUUUUGAAAACUUGAUAGAUAUUAGAAACUGAGGACUUGGACCACUAUUUCUUGCAUUCAUCACCAUUAAUCCCAAUUCAUCCGCCAUGAGCUAGAUUUCCUCAAUCCCUAAUCAUCAGCUCCAUCUUUCACAAAAGAAUCCCCUUUUUCAAUCCAUCUGCCAUUAUCCUAUUACUGUCGGCCAAAAAAAAAAAAUAAUAAUAAUAAAAGAACCGACGGGAAACAGAGGAGGAGCCGCUGCCACUGCUGGGUCGUCGGAGUUUGUCCAUACCACCACGGUUAUCAAGUCGUCAUUUAAAAUGCACUGCGAUUCUAAGUCCCAAGAGUAUGGCCCUCCCUGGAUUAUGUUUUUGCAGCUCCAUCUACAUUCAUCUUAAUCCAGCCCUCCUGUGGUUUGUCCCAGCUGAUGUAUUUCGGCUGGCUCCUGUUCUCCGUGCGAGUAUUGGUAAGCUCCUGAGCCUCUACUGCUUGCUGAAUUAGCUGCUCCGGACGGGCUUUGAGCUUUCUGUCCAGCCUCUGAUGAACCUUCUCAUUCCUCGCUGUCCAUGCCCAGUGCACUACCUCUUGGGAGAGCACGGGCCAGAGUACGUUCUUGAUCCUUCCUAUGUCACUCUGCUUAACGUUCCAAUCCACCCAUUGAAUCAGGGACUUUGAUUUGAAGUCUCUCCAUCUUUCCCUUGAGACAAGUCCUCUCCGAAUUUUGUUGACCAAUCACAGUCUCUCAAUGCAUGCAGUGCUGUUUCAUUUCUUCUCCACAUACUUCACAUUUUCUGGAAGGAUGCAGAUGUCUGUAAUGUUUUUCUGCAUUAGUGAGCAAUCGUCCAUGCCUCACUCUCAACAGCAGCAACUUCCAUCUACUAGGGCCUUUAAAGGUUCCAUAUUCUUUCCCAGGCCAUGUCUUUCUCCUUGUUGUUUUGCUAAUUCCCAUGCAAAUCACAGGCUGAUGAUGUGGUGAAAUUCCCAUUUGCCUCUGGACUCCAAGUGAUUGUGUCUGGGUUAUCCAGCUCCUUGUAGACUGCUGUUGCUCUAGUCAGACACAGUGUAUUCUGGUGCAGAUAUUUGCUCAGGGUACUCCAGACCCAACCCAAUCUGAGUUUUUUUCUGCAAUGGCGCUUGAAUUGACUUGGUUGGUUACAUAAUUAUUCGUCUUCAUCCCAAUGGGAGCUCGCUGCUCUAAAUUAGGCUUUUGCUGGUGGCUUUCCAACCUCAAAUCCAACGUCCCUUAUUCCUCUGAUCUUGAGAAAUGUGGAGAAAAUGAAGGAUGAAACUGCCAGCAUUUAAAGAAUGCAGUUUAGAUGAGUUGAAGGUGGCAACUUCAGGAUUCUCAGUUGAAAACUUUUUAUCAGAACAUGUAGAGAAAGCUCCAAAUGUUGUCUACAAUUGGCAGCUUGAAGAUGAUGGCUCUUGGAUUGCUGUCAAACGUUUCAAUAAAUCUGCUUGGCCGGAUUCUCGGUAAAUUCCUGAUUAUUAUUACUUCUUUUCAGCAAGUCCCCAGCUAUAGUGAUUCACAAAUGUGAUAUUAUCUUAUUUAUGUACGUGCUUUGAUAUCAGCCAUACUACUUAGUUAGCCAUGAGUAUGGUAGAUGCUAUUCAGAUUUAAGAUUUGUUGUAUGCAAUUUGGAGGUUGAUAAGUCAGGAAACUUAUGAAGUAUCUUGUUUCUACCAAUAAUAUAAAGUCAAUUUCAUGUUUUUUUUUUCUUGCUCACUUUGGCUCUUACUAUUUUGCAUUUUCCUGCAUACAGCCAUGUUAACUCCCCUCCUUCACUCUUUUUUUUUUUUUUUCCUAAUGUUGAAAAUGAUCUGAGAGCAUGGAAAGAUAGCAAAAUCUAACCCCUGAUGACGCUUAUAAGUUUUGAGUAGGUACAUCAUUCGGAAAUUAAUGGAUAUCUUAAUUAAACCGUAAUGUAACCUACCCUUGAAAUUGCAAGUGUAGAUUGUAACCUGGAUGAAGUCCUCUAAUGUUGUGGUUCUUUAACAAGCAUAACACUUACUAUUUUUUUGUUUACAUGAUUACAUAUUUAGAUGAAAGUUUGCUCUAAUUUUGGUUCAAUAUUUUAUUUUGGUUUAUCUGUAACUAAAUUUCAUCAAAAACAAACAAAUUUAAUUCAUUAAUGAUCCAUUUUGAAUUAGUACAAAUUAUUUGACUAAACUGGGCAUCUCCGUCCUUUAUCCCAUCCUAGUUAAUUAUAAGAAAAUGACACAACUUGCUAGUGACGCAUGGGCCCUGAUGAGCAUCAACUUCGUUCCUCGAUCUGUACAGCAUCUGAUUAGGUGAAAGUGCAAGAGAUUAAUCUUUACCCAUAAACGACAGCUAACUUCUUCACGAUCUGUUGAAACCGUGUGAACAAUUUGAGCUUUUUGAACCUAUUGAACCCUUGGUCGCUGUUGUUUGGUUCCUCGUCAUUUCGCUUGUUUGUACCUCUGCCUGUUAGUCCCUUUUCUCACGUCGACCAUUGACUUUGAAGUCUUCGAGUGUGUGUGUGUGUGUAUAUAGAUAGAUAUAUGUGCAAAGGCUUGGGCAUGCGGCAAUGACGAAGGACGCUGCGGGAAGCCUCAUCAUCUCUCAGCCAGUAACUGCUGACGGUGCCGUGAUUAAGGACCAGAUCAUACGUUUUCUAUCUACAACUUCUUUUUGACGCACUUCCGUGGGAGUGUCUAGUUCAGUUUUGGGGUUUAGUGAAGAUUGACGACAAAACGUAUUUGACACCUCGUGACCAGCCUUUUGCUCUCCAGUACUACUUCAUCCGAGAAGCCAAGAAACUAUUAUGUGAAUAUAGGAAGCACUGUUUGAAGUACUCAAUACCCGUCGAUGAUCAUGAGAUUGGUCCCCCUGGUCGGGUUUUCCGCAGUGGGUUGCCCGAAUAUGCAGAAAAUGUGCAUGAUUACACUACUAGAGAGUAUCCUCAACGUGAUUAUGCGGUCGGCCGUGUCAGGUAUUACUGGGCGUUGCCAAUCUAUCAUCAUCCUACUCAGCACCUCCCCAUUGGUGUACUGGAAAUUGUAUCACCAACUGAUUUUAGCAGAAUACUUCGACGUCGGGCUCUGGAGAAGCUUCAGGAGAUGAAUCUGACAAUUACAGGUGUAAGCCUCCUUGCCAAAGUAAAUUCAUGUCAAGAUGGAGAAAUUGCUAGAAUUGAAAAAGUGCAGAACAAGGUGAGUGAAAUAUGUGGACUGGGUUAUGGUGGUGCUAAAACUUGGACUACUUUCGGAGAAAUACUAAGUUCUCGUGAAGGCGUAGAUUUUAUUCGGAAGGGACAAGGGGUAGUUGGGAGAGCAUUCUCGUCCAAAAGUGCAUUCUUUUGUAGGGAUAUAAGACAAUUAAGCAUAACAGACUACCCGUUGGUAGUCCAGGCACGAUCCUGUGAGCACUCUGCCUGUUUUGCAGUUUGUUUGCAGAGCUCUUGCUCGAACAAUUGCAUUUACGUUCUGGAGUUCUUUCUACCUACGAAUGAAGAAGAUGAAGAAGAUCCUAGGACAUUGUUGAACAGCAUAAUGGAGACAUUGAAAGAACAUCUCGGAAGUUCUUUUAAGAUUGCUUCAGGACAAGAACUGGGGCAGAAAUUGACUGUUGAGGUUAUAAAGGUCUCUCCAGAGGAUGGAUUUGGUUCUUUUGAAAUCUGCAGUACUACUGGCAUCGAAUGUACUCCUUGGCUUGGAGAAGUACAACGAGGAGAAGGAAUGAUGCAACUUGAUCUCUCAUCUCAACAAGUUGAUGCUGCAAAUGGUUCUAUGGAUGGUAUCCAUAACCAACAGAAUGGAAGUGUUGGAUCUACACCUAGGCUUGCAAAAGCACAAGGAGGAGAAGGAAUGAUGCAAGUUGAUUUUUCAUCUCAGCGAGUUGAUACUACAAAUGCUUGUAUAAAUGGUGUCCAUGGACAGCAGAAUGGGAUUGUUGGAUCUCCACCUAGACCAGAGCACACGCAAGGCUUUGACAACAUAUCAUAUCAAGAAUUAAAUCUUGCAGGAGUUGAUGUUAUUUAUGAACAGCAAAAUGGAAUUGUUAGAUCUUCAACCGGACAAGUGCUCAUGCAAAACAUGGUCAGCAUAGAACAUGAUGAACCAAUUGUGGAAGAUCCUGAAAGAGAAGGUGCUGGUAUAGAACAGAGGGACAAUGAAGUGACUAAUUUAAAAAUGCAAAAGCCCAGUUGUCCUUUAAAAAGUGAACUUGGAAUUACUCGUGAGGUUCUUGAACAAAAUUCUGCGAGGAAACUUGAAGAUGCUGCAAAAAAUAUUGGAGUUAGUCGAUCUACAUUGAAACGUAUAUGUAGGGAGUACGGUAUUAAGAGAUGGCCACCUCGUAAAGCAAGAAAGGUUAGUCAAGCACUUGCUGUACAGAAAACUGUUCAGCCUUCUACGGAAGAUGCUCAUGAACACCACCGGUCAGAUGCAACGAGGCUAGAAUAUGAUAAUGGCAUGUGGGUGAAGGCAGAAUAUCAAGGGCGCAUGAUAAAGUUCAGACUUCCAUUUUCUGCCCGUAAAAUCGAUUUGGAGGAAAACGUAGUACAGCAACUGAAUCUAGCCAUGGGAAGUUUUAUAAUUGAGUAUCAGGAUGAAGAUAGUGAUCGGAUAUGGAUAACAUGUGAUGAAGUUCUGAGGACGGCUAUGAGCACAUUAAGCUCAUUAGGUAGGACUACAAUCAAAAUGUAUAUUGUUGAGGACAGUCCAAAUAGGAGAGAUCAAUAGAUUUUUAGGAAUUAUAAACUGAAAAGUUUAGCAGGAGAGGAAUGGAGAGUUAGGAGCUCGGAAUGGAGCAAUAUUGAUAUCAAUAUUAUACUUUUUUUGUAUCCAUAUUAAUUAUUGCUGCACUGCAUGGCCAUAUUAAAGAGUAUGCUGAACUUUGGAUAUA